UUCAGUUUGUAAACUGUUGAGGGCGCUACAUAGUUUCGUCUGCCAUUCAUUACAACAAAAACUUUUGUGAUUUUGUAGGUUUAAAAAGUCACAAAAAAGACAUCAUGCCGGACCAUUUAGGGGGUGAUAUGCGGAAAGUAAAGAAAGAAGAGGAGAAAGAAGACAAACCAAUACAAGCACUCGAUGAAGGAGAUAUCGCACUUCUUAAGACAUAUGGCUCAGGACCCUACACGUCAGUCAUCAAAACAGUGGAGGAUGACAUCCAGAGUGCCAUGAAGAAGGUCAAUGAACUUUCAGGCAUCAAAGAAUCCGACACAGGUCUGGCCAAUCCAGCACUGUGGGAUCUUCAGGCUGACAAGCAGACACUACAGAGUGAACAGCCGCUACAGGUUGCAAGAUGCACCAAAAUCAUCAACGCAGACAGCGACGAUGCCAAGUACAUCAUCAACGUCAAACAGUUUGCCAAGUUUGUGGUAGAUCUCCAUGACAACGUGGCACCCACAGACAUCGAGGAGGGCAUGAGAGUAGGGGUUGACAGAAACAAAUACCAGAUUCACAUUCCUCUGCCUCCGAAGAUUGACCCUACUGUCACAAUGAUGCAGGUUGAGGAAAAGCCAGACGUGACGUAUUCUGACGUCGGAGGCUGCAAGGAGCAAAUUGAGAAACUCAGGGAAGUCGUAGAGACACCUCUCCUUCACCCAGAGAAAUUUGUGAAUCUGGGCAUCGAGCCCCCCAAGGGCGUGCUGCUGUACGGCCCGCCGGGUACCGGCAAGACCCUAUGUGCUCGGGCCGUGGCUAAUAGGACGGACGCCUGCUUCAUCAGGGUCAUCGGAUCAGAGCUGGUCCAGAAAUACGUCGGGGAGGGAGCUAGAAUGGUGCGCGAGCUCUUUGAGAUGGCCCGAACCAAGAAAGCCUGCCUCAUCUUCUUUGACGAGAUUGACGCCAUUGGAGGUGCUCGGUUUGACGACGGCGCCGGUGGCGACAACGAGGUCCAGCGUACCAUGCUGGAGCUCAUCAACCAAUUGGACGGCUUCGAUCCCCGCGGCAACAUCAAGGUCCUCAUGGCAACCAACCGGCCCGAUACGCUGGACCCCGCUCUCGUCCGACCGGGCCGGCUGGACAGGAAGGUGGAGUUUGGACUGCCGGAUCUAGAGGGCCGGACACACAUUUUCAAGAUCCAUGCUCGCUCCAUGAGUGUGGAGAGAGACAUCCGAUAUGAGCUGCUAGCGAGACUCUGCCCCAACUGCACAGGCGCUGAAAUCCGUAGUGUGUGCACCGAGGCCGGCAUGUUUGCGAUCCGCGCAAGGAGAAAGGUGGCCUCCGAAAAAGACUUCCGCGAAGCUAUCAACAAAGUCAUCAAGGCCUACGCCAAGUUCAGCUCCACUCCACGCUACAUGACGUACAAUUAGGUUCAUCUAAUUAUUCUAAAACUAUUCCUGUCAAAAAAAAUUGUAAGGUCUGUUCCAGGCAAAUGAGGAGUUCUUUUUUUUGUAUUUCAGUUUUCUGAGGAUUUGUCUGAUAAUAUGGGUAUUUAUAAAGCGCACGUAUCCACCAGUAUUGCUGCUCAAGGCACUACAUCAUUAUUACCCUGCUCAUUGGGCCAAUGAAACAUUCCAAAGACAAUCUCAGCUCCCUGGGGAGUAUACAGCUCCAUGCUGCCCUUUCGGCGCAAAGCUGCUUAAAUCAACCACAAUAACCACCUCUGCCCUGACAGGUACCCAUUUACUCCUGGGUGGAGAGAAGCAAUGAGUGACAAAGUGCCUUGCCCAAGGGCACACGCACCAUAGCCGCUGGCUGGACUCGAACCCACAACCUGCAGAAUUACCCGCAGACCACAAAUUCAUUGCUCCAGACCACGAGGCCACGGGGCUCCACAUAAUGAGACUUUCCAGUACACCACAUUCGCAGUUCACUGGUCUUAGUGUAUUUUCUGUUAAUGCAACAAAUCAAAAAACUGAUUUGCUCAAAAUGGAGAAUGUUCACUCAAUACCAUAUUUAUAUUAGGGGCCACUUUUUCAUGGGCUUCUGAAUCAAAAGUUGGCUAAGCUUAAAAAAAAAAAGGCCGAAACCAAAAAACUGCUUUGCAGAAAUCAGUUUCCAACCAAACUGAUGUUUAUUGGUUGUGACUGUUUCAGUUAAUUUCUGCUGAACAAGUGAACUUUCAAUUCCUGUUCAGAUUUCAGUUUUCAGUUGUUGAAAUGGAUCUUGCACUUUCAAAGAAAGUAAAUACAUUUUCAUAAAGUUUCUUUUAGUUAUAAUUUUAUAGCAAUUUCUCCCCAGCAGUGUAAACCUUCAUGGAUUUCCUUGUUAACUCAACUAGGAUAAGCAUAUCACAAAGACGCACUCAAAAAGUACACUUGUAACUUGUAACUUUAAUAACUUAAAAUGUACACGUGUUCAUUGUCGCUAAUAAACUGGAGACAAUAUAUGUUUGAA